AAAUAUUCAAAGCACUAUUAAAAUGUAUGUCGUAUGGUGUAUCACCUUUUUGUCAUGUUUAUCUAUCAUCUUUAGUUUUUACGGGUUAUUUUUAUUCUAAAGUUCACUUUUGUGAAUUAAAAAACAAGGUACUUUAUUUUGAAGGUGUGAGGCGGAAGUCCGUUAAGGUGGUGACUAGCUGACAGCUAACAUUAGCACCAUCUGCUUGUUCAACCGAAGUAUUGAUUGAAACGGAAUUUCUUUUAUUUAAAACCUAAAAUGCAGAAUCGCUGCGCUGUGCCGAACUGUCCAAGUGCCAAAUCUGACCCCUUGCCUCUUUUCAGGUUUCCCCAUGAUGCUGAAAGGACCAAGAAGUGGGUUGAAAAGUGUCAGAACACCGACCUCAUGGAUAAAUCCUCUGACCAGCUGUACAGAUACUACAGACUGUGUGGGAAACAUUUUGAAACAUCUGCGUUUGAUGGUGAUGCUCGGGGUACAGUUUUGAAGGAUGAUGCCAUACCAACUGUUUUUGAUGAGCUGUGCCAGCCUCAAAAUGGACAGGUGAAGCGCAGCAAGGAGACGGUGGAGAUCAAAAAAUCUCCAGCAGAGACGGUUCAGGAGGACACUCAGACGGCACCAGAGGAAGACGCACAGAAGAAAUAUCUCAAGUCUUUGUUUGAGGUUCUUGUCCUUUUGGGAGAGCAGAGCAUUCCCCUCACAGCCCCCACAGAUCCCAAAGAGGAAGAACUUAAGUCAGACAACCUCCAGGCCCUGCUGGAGCGUCAGGUCCACUAUGGAAACGAGGUGCUGAAGGACCGGCAGGACGCGUGGAAGCAGAUCUGCGACUCGGAGGAGCUCGGUCAGAUGAUGGAUGUGUGCGAGAAUCACAUCCGCCAGAAGAUAAUAGAGGAGGUUCAACAAAACGGCUUCUUCUCACUGCUUACCGACGAUCCGGUACAGAUCUCAGGAGAAUGGUGCCUCCCUGUCUUCCUGCGGUAUGUGGACCAGUCGAAAUGCCAGCGGGAGAAGUUCGUGGGCUUCUUGAACUUCAGAGUCGAUGACGACGACCUGCCGGACAAAAUGCUGUCUGAAAUGACCUGCAGGUGGGGCUUAGACAUGAAGCAGUGCAGAGGCCAGGCCCACUCCUGCUCCGGGCCCUAUUUGAGCCAAAUUCAAGCGUUUGCUGCCAAACUGAUGGAGCGAUAUCCGAGGGCGAUGCUGACAUUCCGGUCCACUGAGGCCCUGAACGUGUCGCUGGCCAACGGAAUGGCUUUGUCGGCCGUUCAGCUCGUCAUGUCGACCCUCAAGAAGAUCGAGUCCUUCUUUUGUCAGUCGCCUCUACUGCAGCUGGAGUUUGAGCACGCCAUCUCCAUGUUCUACCCGGACAGUGAGGACAGAGCCAACGAGCUGAAGGAGACCUGCCGGGGCGGCUGGACCAGGGGCCAGGCCGCCUUCCAGGUGGCGCUGGACGUGGUGGAGGCGCUGCUGCUCUGCGUGGACAGCGUGCACGACAACGAAGACAUGAGGUGGAGCGACCAGGUCACGCACAGCGCCUUGGAGAUCUCCAAAGCGCUGGCCGAUUUCGAGUUCAUCGUGGCGCUGGUCGUGCUGAAACACGUCACCAAGCUUACGGCGGCCUUCGGGACCAACCUGCAGGGCAGCGCGGCCGAGGCGCACUCCGCCGCCUCCACGGCGGGCGCCGUGCUGUGCAGCCUGAAGGAGGUGGCCGACAACAUCGACAUCUACCACGAGUUCUGGUACGAUGAGGCCUUCAGCCUCGCCACGGCCAUGGAGGUCCCGGCCAGGGUCCCCCGCUGGUUUCUGCGGAAGCACCAUGCGGAAAGCGGGGCCGUUCAGCCAGAGUGUUACUACAAGGAGCACCUGUCGGCGCCCGUGGUGAAGCACGUCAUGGGCCAGAUGAGCGAGCUGUUCGGCGAGGAGCACCUGAAGACUCUGAGGGGCCUGUUCCUGGUCCCUGCCGUGGUGGAGCAGGACAAGUCCACACAGCCGGAGGAGGAGCAGGUGCAGGUGUUCAGCAGCGACAUCCCCAACGCCGCCACGCUCUCCGCCGAGCUGCACUGCUGGUGGGUGAAGUGGAGCAAAAAGGCCAAAGGAGAGACUUUUCCCUCCAGCCUCCAGGAGACGCUGCAGCUGGCCGACGUGAAGUUCUUCCCAAACGUGCUGGUGAUCCUCAGGCUGCUCAGCAUCCUGCCCACGCUGGCCUCCCAGAGAAGCUGUGAGGAGGCGCACCAGCGCUUCAGGCUGUACAUGAAGAACACGCCGGACAGAGUCAAAUCAAAAAGCCUGGCUCUCCUGAGCAUAAACUACGACGUCGGGUGCGAUCUGGACUCGGUGGUGGAGAGCUACAUGAAGGCCCAUCCAGACAGGCAGGACGCGACAUAUUGCAAACAAUGGUUGAACAACUGCAGUCGGCAGGAUUUGUCGGCAGAACCUCCGGAGCAGCUGCAUAAGCUGUACAGGCUGUGUGCCACGCACUUUGAGCCCUCUAUGAUCUCUCAGCAGUCGGAAGAAGAAGCUGCUGUUGUGAAGAAAACAAAAGAUAAUGCAACAGCAGAUGUGCCAGAGGAGACGAAAGAAGCGCCGGGAGAGAACAGUACGGUGACCAACCUCCCAAAAGAUAACCAAAACCAAGAGGAUGUAGCCACCUCAAAAGCAAAAGAGACUUUGAAAGUUUAUUUCAAGGAAAUCCUGGCACUGACGGGAUUCAGCAUCAACGGUGCCAACAUUGGCGCCGACGAGCCGAUCGGAGGUGCGAGGGGCCAGCAGGCUCAGAAUCCCAUCUGCAUGGAGAAAAUCGACAAGAAGGAGAUACUGCAGUUCAGUGAAGACCUCAUGCGGGAGGAGAUCCAAAACAGCCUCAGACUGGCACGGUUUUUCUCUAUUCUGCUGCAGGACGUGACGAGCAUAGAGGGAAAGGAGCAGAUCCCAGUCUUCAUCAGGUCUGUCACAGUGGAUGGGUUCCCUCAAAAGCACCUCGUCGGGUUCCUACCGUGUGACCUGGAUGCUGAAAACCUGUUUUACAUGCUCCUCUCCGAGCUGAGAAACAAGUGGGGGCUGAGGAUGGAGCAUUGUCGAGGACUCACUUACAUCAUCACUGGAAGCAUGUGUCAGAAAAUGCGAGAUCUCACUUGUAGAAUCCUGCAGGAAUUUCCACAAGUAGUUCUGUCACCCAGUGACCCAUAUGCCUUCAAUAUCUGGAUCAUCCGCUGCAUGCCCGUGCCAUCCAUCCAGAAGGUUGCCGACACUGUGGAGGAGGUGGCGUCGUUGCUGAGGAGAACCCCGGAGCUGAGCAAACGACUAGAGGGAAAGAUCCAGAUGACAUACGGGCAUAUCAAAGGAGAGGUGGAGAGGAUAAAAACAGCUGUCGCUGGGAACUGGGAAUAUGGCACAGAUGCCUUCCAGACCAUGCUGGAAAUCCUGGAGCCGUUCUUGACCUGCAUCAAUGAGAUCAUUUCAAAGGUGGAUGAAGACACGGCCGAGCAGAUGGCCAAGCUCAAGCCGGUUUUGAAGAAUUUUAAUUUCAUCAUCACUCUUGUUGUUCUGAAGAACACCCUCUGCUGUGUGAGCAUCCUUAACUCGAGUCUCAGGGGAAUAAUAAGCAUCAGCAGUACUUUGCAGUACACGAUUUCCAAUGCCUUAAAACUGGUUAGCAAAUACCAACAGGAGCUCGCUAUAUUUCACAGGAAGUGGUUUUCAGACGCAGUCGGCAGAGCGAAGAAGCUGGGUGUGGAGGUCAUUAAACCAGAGGUGGAUCAAGCCGACGCGGCCGAGACGCCGCUGGAGGACUUUUACAGAGAGACUCUGAGUCGGCCUAUGCUGCAGUACCUGGUUGCAGAGGUGAAGAGAGUGUUCAGCACAGAGAUGGUGAGGAUCCUCCGAUGGCUGUCCUUAGUGCCGUCUUACAUGGCCGAUCACAACUUCAGCAUCCGCAGGGAUAAAGUGGCAGAUGCCAACUUAAACAACCUGGCACGGCCCGACACCUUCUACGAGGAGCUGGGAUGUUGGGAGGUGAAGUGGAGGCAUGCGAGCAAGCGCAGGAUCCUCCCAACCACAGUGUUUGCGACUCUGAAGAUUCCAGAUAUUGGUUUUUACCCAAACGUGCAGAGCUUGUUGAGGGUGUUGGGCACUGUUCCCUGUGUAAAUGCAGAGGCUGAUGUCUACGGCCAGUACCACAUGGUGCUGGAGCGAUGCAGCUCCUACCUGAACGCAACUCCAGAGGACCAGAGGCAGUGCAGUAUGGCAUUUGUGUAUGUGAACCAGGACGUGCACUUCAGCGUGGAGCAAAUGGUGGAUUCAUACGUCCAGAAGCAUCCAGAUAUCCUGCAGUUGCUGCAAAGGGAUGAUGACGCAGCAGAAAAACCUCCACAAGCGGCAGUCCAUGGAAACCACGCAGAAAAGGAUACAGAAGAAGAAUUACAGCUCAUAAAUCUAGAGAUGGACGCCGAGAGGCUCGUGGAGCUGAAAUGUGCAGAGACGGACAGAGAUGCCCUUAAAUCUGCUCUGCAGGCGGCGGUGGUGGCUGCGUACAGCAGUCACAGCAAGCUAAACCGAGACACCUGUCCUCAGGAUGGAGAAGUAGAGUAUGUCACCAAGUCUGAAAUGAAAGAAGUUCUCAACGUGUGCGAGAACGCCGUCAGGGAGGGGAUCCUCUUGGAAGUAGGGAACUCGUUUUUCUCUUUAAUCAUAGACCGUGUUGUAAAACUGGGGGACAUGGACUAUCUUCCCCUCUUCCUCCGGUUUGUGGACAGUUUUGAUGUCAUGCGAUUAGAGCUGAUGGGUUUUUUGGAGGCUGAUCUUGAUUGUGAGGUCAUGAUACAACGCCUUUUAGAGAUAGUAACUGUGGAGUGGCACCUCGAUUUGAGUAACUGCAGAGGUCAAGCGUACCUCGGCUCCGGGGAUGUCUCCUACAAGCUGAAAGCCUUUGCCUGUAAAGUUCAGGAGAAGUACCCUCUUGCUAUAAGCACACACAGUUCUUCCUACUCUUUUAACACGUGGUGGUCCAAAUCCAUCCCUGUGCCUGCGGUGAAAAGAGCCCUUGAUACGUUUGAGGAGGUCUUGAUGUUCUUUGGCAGCAGCUCUGCACUGGAAAAGCAGCUUGACCACGUGAUAGCCUACGGCCUUAGAGAGAGCUACGAGAAAGUCCAGGAGCUGCAGGGCAAGUUCUGCUCCCUUUGGCAAGAGAAGCACGACUCCUAUGAGGUGUUUGUGCAGAUGCUGGAGCCUCUGGUCGAGUGCCUGGAGAAAGUCAAAAGCAACCCGCAGCGAUGGAAGUCCUUUGCGUCGGAGCAAGCAGGAGCCCUUCUCCGCAAAGUCAUGGAGUUUGAUUUCAUCAUUGCCAUGGUGGUCUUGAAGAACGCAUCCUCUUUUACCCGAGAGCUCAGCGCAGGUAUCCAGAAGGACCAGUUCACUGCUGCGUCCCAGCUGUGCCAGAUCAGUGGCAUCGUGGCCACUCUGAACAGAGUGAAAACCAACAUGAAGGUGUUCCACCAGAACUGGUUCGACGAGGCCUGUGCCAUGGCUCAGAGUCUCAGAGUUCAGAUUGAAGUGCCUGAAAACUCCAUGCCAAGAGACGGCAUGAUAAAGCCAGUGGGAUACUACAAAGAUUGCCUGAGUGUGCCCCUCGUGGAUAACCUCAUCAAUGCUGUGAAGGAUCAUUUCUCAGAGGACCACAAAGAGGCUCUCAACUUCCUGUCGCUGGUCCCGUGCUCCGUCACAGUGAGUUACGUGUUUGAGAGCUUGAAGUCGAAGCCUCCGCUCUACAGCAGCGACCUCCCCGACGCCGACAACUUCUUCACCGAGCUGUGCUGCUGGAGAGUCACGUGGAAGACCAAAGUGGCGUCCGUGACCAUCCCCAGCUCCAUCUUCCACACAUUACGCCUGCCGCUCAUGCAGUACUUUGGGAACAUCAACACCCUGCUGAGAAUCAUGUCGGUGCUCCCCAGCACGGAGCUGGAGGACUGUGGGGUCGUGAUGCGCCACAAGAAGUUCCAAGACUACCUGAGAGACACCAGUCCCAAAGACCGCUCCCCCUGUUUGGCCAUGCUGCAGGUGGGCACGGACUUCAGCAGAGACCUGGACCGCAUGGUGACCCAGUGUCUGAAGGUCACUCCACAAGCUUUGGAGGGAAUCUGUCUGGAUAAGGAGUCCAAGAGUCUCAUCAGGAACUCUGAAAAUAAUAUGGAAGUUGAUUGUGUUAAAGAGGAAGAAGAGGAGAUCAAAAUUCAGCAAUCCCCAGAGAAGAUGCAGGAUCAAGACAUCAAGGCAGAAGUUGAGAAUGGGCACACGGGGGAUAAUCGUCAGAGUCUGGCUUCGGUUUUUAGGCUGGCAGCAGUUCUGGGCAAAAAGAACGUCCACCUUUGUGACCUGUCGGAGGACGACAGAGAGCCUCUCGUGCAGGAGCUCGGGAUGUGCCACUGGUUUGGAAGGGAGAGCAAAAGCACGCCUUCUAUCGGCGAUGAUGAAAUGGUGACCCUCCUCAUCAAUGGAAUCAGAGAUGUCAUUCUUAAAGAAAUACAGGAAUCCCCGUUCUUCUCGCUAAUCACAGACAAACCUGUGAGAGCCGCUGACAAAACGCACCUGCCUGUAUUCGUCAGGUACGUGGGAGAGUCUGCCCCAAAGGUAGAGCUCCUGGGCUUCUUACCUUUUGACGAAAACUGUAACAUUGACAGGCAAGCGAGCAACCUGGCUAAGAUUCUCACAGAAGACUGGGGCUUGCCCAUGUCUCAGUGUCGAGGGCAGGCGUUCAUGCAUCUGGGCUCAGGAUACCAAAGCCUCAAGAAGAUGUCUUUGGAUUUCCUGCAGAGCUACCCGCUUUGCGUGGUGACGCCCAGCGAGUCGUGCGGUCUGGCCCACUGGCUCGCCGGCAGCGUGCCCUGCCCCUCAGUGGCCAAAAUGCUGGACAUAACAGAAGAUCUGCUGCUCUUCUUUGAUGAUUCUCCUUGUCUGGAAGGGCAGUUAGCACAAGCUGUUGAUGGGCUUCUGGAUAUGCCCAGGGAGGCUUUAGAGGAAGUUCCAGAAACAUGUUUCUCCAGGUGGAAAAAGAGGGAGGACUUCUUUGACAUCUUGGCUGAUACGUUAGAGGGCAUCCUUAGCUGCCUGGAUGCAGUUAGCUCCAGCAGCGCCGGAGCCAAGUCGAUGCACGCUCAGGUCCUCUCCACCGCUCUGAGGAACGUGGAUUUCAUCGUCACCCUAGUGAUUCUGAAAAACGCUUGUGCUCCGCUCAGGAACUGCAGCACCGUUUUCCGCUGCGGAAACCCCGCCGACAUCCUCUGUGAAGUGGAAAAAAUCCCUUCCAUCAUCGAGAGUCUCGGCAAAAUGUUAGAAAACGUGAGCACGCUGCACUCUGCCUGGUUUGAACAAGCAUUCCAGCUCGCAACGAAGGUGGCUCCUGAACAGGUGUGCUUCUCAGAGGAAGCCAACAGCUACGAUUCUCCGGAGAUUUAUUACAGAGAAAACCUGAGCGUCCCACUCCUCCAAAGUCUUGUCGAUGAAAUGAAAUAUUGCUUCUCUGACAGCCACCUGAAGGCCCUCUCAGUUCUCUCCCUGCUGCCGUCGUGUAAUCCACACGCCAUCCUGUCAGAGUCCCCAGAAAAGCCUUUCAGCCUCUACCUGACAGAUCUCCCUGAGCCGGAAGCUGCCGAGCAGGAAAUCAACGCCUGGGCUGCAGUCUGGACAGAGAAAUACCAGGAUGUCGCUCCUCCAACGUCCAUUGCUGAAGUGCUAGUCCAUCCAGAGUCCAAGAGUCACCCAGCUGUGUCCUUACUGCUCCGGCUGGUGGCCGUGCUGCCCAGCGUCAGCAUGGAGUGUGACCUGAUGAAGACCACCCUGAACUCCAUGAGGGAUCUCUACAAAAACACCGUCUGCAGAGGCAGCAGGACAAAUCAAGUGAUGCUCAUCUCUCACUGCACAACACUACAGAGGCUGCCGGAAGUUAUUGAGAAGUGCAUGGAGGUCGAUCCUGAGAGCACGCCCUGUCUGUCCCAGGUCAUUGCAACUCUACAGAGACUAAAGUUGGAUAGAGGAAGCCUCGAGGUGAAGCCGGAAACAACUGGCGUACCUGCUGAUGGAGACUCAAAAUCCACUGAUGAGGAACAGAAACUGGACCUUGUUGAAGGACCUCGAGCUGCAGUUUCUUUUUACGAGUCACAACUACGCGAGCAAAUCAUCAAGGAGCUCUGGGACUCUCAGUUCUUCACGGUUAUAACCGAGCAGUCGGUAGAAAUCAACGGCGAGCUCUACGUCCCGCUGUGCAUCAGGUACUUAAACAAAGAGGACGUCCAGUGUGAGGAAACGCUGGCUUUCAUCCCUUUCAGCGAAGACUCUGCCGUUCUGGCGGAGGCCAUUGAAACUGCCCUGUCUGAGAAGUGGGGGCUCAACAUGGAGUACUGCAGGGGGCAGGCCAUGCUGAGUGUCGGCGAAGUGGGCUCUAAGAUGAGGGCAGUAAGCGCAGCUUUAGCUGACAAAUACCCACAGGCCAUCAGAACCAUCAGCUCUGCACUGUCUCUCAAUGUGUGGCUGGCCAAAUCUUCCCCAGCCGAGGAGGCGGCCGGUGCAGCCGGCCUCAUAGGUAGACUGUUACACUGGCUCACAGAGGACGCCGAGCGCCAAAACAAGCUGGAGGACAUGAUCAUUUAUGUGUUCCAGCACGACGAAGCAAAGGGCAGCGAGUUGAGGGACAGACUCACCAAGAACUGGGACAAGAGUCACGACAUGCAUGAGGUAUUGGUAGAGAUUUUAGAGGCCGUGGUGCUCUGCCUGAAUGAGCUGAGAGGGGAGGAAAGCACUGUGAACCAGCAGCAAGCAGCCCGCUUCUUUGACGCCGUCAGGAACUUUGAGUUCAUCCUUUCUGCUGUGGUACAGAAGAGCGUUUUGAGCGUGACUAAAAAGCUGAGCCAGGCUCUUCAGGGAAAGCCUCUGGACAUGUUGCUGGCUGUGAAUGGCUUGCCUGAUGUCAAAGCAUCCCUCGGGAAGCUUCAGAGCGACAUGGACGUCCAUCACAAGGCCUGGUUCGAGGAAGCCGUCGCCCUGGCCUCCAAGCUCCACGUGGCCAUGCUGCACCCGGUGCUCCUGGAGCCGCUGAGCGAGUUUUACAAAGAGUCCCUCAGCACCAAGGUGGUGGAGCACUCGAUAGCAGAAAUCAACGACCUGUUCACAGAAAAGGUUUUGGAUACCUUGAGAUGUCUGGAGAUUGUGCCUUAUGCAAUGUCCAAAGUGGAAACCAGCAUUCUCAGCGGGCUCGUGUUCCGCCUGUACAAGGAGGACCUGCCCGAUCAGGCCUCCCUGCACUCCGAGAUGAAGGCCUGGAAGGAGAAGUGGCUGGAUCCUCUGGCGGGCUACCAUCCCACCACCGUGCUCGACACGCUCAAGACCUCGCAGAUAAGAAGCUUUGCCAACAUAGAGACUCUCCUCAGACUUCUGGUCAUCCUGCCCUUCUCAAGGAGGGAGAGCAACUUUCGACAGGGAAAAAGGAGCUUGCAGGAGUUCAAUCAGCUGGAGAAGAAGUCGCUCUCUGAGCUCCAUCCUCUGUAGGAGGCGCUGUGAGGGCGUGGCCAGCGCCGCGCUGAAGGCCGGACGCGUUCACCCAGGACUUCCCAACACAGACUUUCUCUGUACAUUAUGGAGCUUUUAUUUGGUCGUCAUCCUCCAAAGCCCUGCCCGUUGGCCUGUUUUUCUUUAAGUUUGUAGUUUGUACUGUUGUUCUGCCCAAUGGGACCAAUGUCAACGCCCCACUCACGGUUAUCAAUUCUCCUGUGCCUUGAUGAGAAACUUAUAAUUCCCCUCAUGUUUCAUAAUAAUGCAGACGUUUAAAAAUGUCCCAUUGGCUUUUUUGAAAGAAAUAUUUUUUCCAUUUUGAGAAAAAAUCCCAGGCUGAUUUCUCUCUCACUGUCCUUAGCUCAUUCUAAUCAUGUAAUUGCACCCUUAUCUUUCCUGGGCACAACUAGAAAUGGUUAGUUCUAUCUUCUGAUUAUUCCCCAUGUUUCCUGUCUCCUGGCAGGAAUUAAUUUGCUGUAUCUUUGAGAAGAAUGUUUCCUUAAUAGGAGAACCUUCAUAUAUAUUUGUCAAAAAAGUAAUAAAAUGAUCCAAAAAGAUCUUUUUUUUUUGUUU